AUGGAGGACGAAAUGGCAGACAUUGAGUUGCUUGAGCAACACUUGAAAAAGACCUCAGAUAUUUCUAGGCAAAUGACUGGUAUUCUAGCCAAGUUUGAUUCGCGUCUUGUCAAACUAGAGAAGACUAUCAGACCACUUCAUAGUGCAACACAAUCGCUGACGCGACUCGCGACAAACAUUGAUCGUACUAUGGAGUCCAUCAAUUCGAUGGCAAGCCAAAAGCAAGAUGUGGUCGCAGAAGAAAAUCUAGUUCUCAAAGGGCCCAAGUCGGGUCAGCUUCACUUGUAUGUCGAUGCUCUAGAACGGUUGAACGCAAAUAUAGCAUUUCAGAGCGGCGACCCACGCUCUAAAGAAACGUCGCGUCUGGUGGAGACGGGGGCAAAGAAACUAUGCCAACUAUACACCAAGAUUGUUGCAGAGGCCACAUCACGACCAGCCGUUGACCCUACAAACUAUCUACAAUCUCCAGAUGCUCUCCCAACACUCGAUGAGAAUACCAUGACCAAGUUAGGCCCAGUUGUGGAUGCAUUACGCAAAUCACCAACCCCGACUACUCAUCCUUCACACCCAGGUGCCGCCGCGAUCCUAGCGGUGAUACAGGAAGCCCAGGCAGGAUAUGCAGAUAUGCGUAGCCAGUGGUGUAAGAAGGCCGUGGAUGGUGGUGUGAGACGGAUUCUAGCUGCCGCCGAUACUGGCACGGACCGGAUAGCAAUCGGACGCGAAUUUGGGAUAUGGGUGGAAGGGUUGUUGAUCUUGGCCGAUGCAGAAUACAAGACAUUACAGAAGUGUGCAUUGCUACCUGGCCGAGACUUUAUCAAGGAUUCAUUUGAGAUCAUUACCCGACCUCUGGUUUCUGUAUUCUCAUCGUCUCUCUCAACUCUAAGCUCUUUGGUCAAGAAAAGCCUCCAAAGCAAUAUCUUUAUGGCAUUAGCAAUCUACUCAUCUUUAUCCCAGUCACAAGAUCGUUACACGGAUAUAAUGCUACGACGUACAGGAAGGAAGGACAAUGACCUUAGUACAGGGAUCCAUUCGUUGAAGGGAGUAUGCAUUCGUAGCUUCCCAGAACUCCUACUCGAGAUCAAAACCCCAGCAAUGUCGCCUCCUACUGCUGCCCCUGGUCGAGGAGAAAUCGGCACAGGCAUCGCGGAUGUGACAGUCAUGGCUACGAAUUACCUUGAGCAGAUCCCUGAUGUCGCUGAUGCAAUGAGCUCAAUGCUCAUCACAUUGGGUGACGGCAACUGGCGCAUGGGCGAAGGUACGAUCCCUGGGUCGAAACCCAGGGUUGAGGAGUCAACCGACCCAGAACAGGUGAUCCUUGAACACUUUACUUCGUGCCAAAAAGUCGAUAUCAUCUCCACUGUAAUUUCCACAGUUAACACUAUAUCUCGGUUCCUGAAGAGGCCAGCAUUGACCUCCAUCUUUGUGCUGAAUAAUAUCAGCUAUCUCCGAGACCGGGUACUCCUCGCGCCCCGGACAAAUGUUGAUGCAUUACUUUCAGCUCCGACACAGGAUGUACUGAACUCUAGUUACCGAAGUUCAAAGGCUGCAUACUUUGACACCAACUUUACAACACUAUUGAGCUGUCUAACUGACGAUGCAAAGGACAAGAAGGCAGGGAUCAAGGAUAAAUUUGCAAGAUUCUACGAAGCUCUAGAAGAGAUUGCAGAGAGGCACCGUUACGCCCGAGUUUUGGCAGAUGAUGAUGAAGGGAGAGAGAAGAUCCAAGAAGAGCUGGUGCGAUUGGUUAUACCUGCGCUACAACGGUUCACGCAAAAACACAGGGACAAGGAAUUCAGCAAGAACCCUUCAAAAUACAUCAAACUUAGUGCCGAAGAGGUCGAACGUCAAUUACGGGGAUUAUACAAGUAG